ACUUCGAGUGGACAGUGACCAGUAAUCGAGUGGCCCAGACAGAUAAUCCAGGUUGAAACCACAAAAUGAAGAUCGUUCUAGCGACUUUUUUGGGCUACUUACUUCUGGGACUGGUUCUGUCCCAUGCCAGCGUAGCAACUGCCACAACUGGAGUGAUUCCGGCGUAUCCAGCUGCGGUUCCGGCUACCAUUCCCAGAGUGGUUCCCGUGGCCACCAGUCAUCAGUUUGUCACCCGGAACUGGAAUCGAGUUUAUGUGCCACCAACCACAGUGGCCACCUAUCCGAAUACCUAUUUCAAGUACAGCGGUGGCUAUCCUGCCUAUAAUUAUCCCUAUGCAACGACCUAUCAGUACACCUAUCCCUACUAUUAUCCAGCCUAUAACUAUGGGUAUGGCUACAAGGGUAUCUGGUGAAACAGGUAUUCAAAAUAGGGAAUUAUAAUUACACCCCACCCUUAAUCAUUUGUGAUAAUAAUCGAUACAAAAUGAAUUGAUUUGUAUAUGCCUAUGGAAAUAUAUAAAAUAUUUUAAUCGAA